GAUUAACCAAUGAAAGAAGAAGUUGUUUAUAAUGAGUGAUAUAUUUGUCAAGACAAUUAUUGGAGUAAUUAAGGCAGUGUCGUUAGUUUACGAUGUCGUCUCGUUUAUUCCGUAUUAUUUUAUGUUCGACCCCAACGCUAAACUUAGAAAAUCACGCAGACUGAAGGCUAAACCAGUAUCAGACGGGUAUGGUGCUCCUUGGAGAUCGACUGAAACACCAGGAGGGGAGCUAACUACAACCCUAUUUCCUGAAUGUAAAACCCUAGAUGAUCUGUUUCUCCGUGCUGUUCAGCUCUACUCUGAUAAACAAUGUCUCGGUACCCGCCAACUUAUUAGUGAAGAAGAUGAAAAACAACCUAAUGGAAAAGUCUUCAAAAAGGUUAUCCUAGGAGACUAUGAGUGGCUAUCCUAUGAACAGACCUUCACUAGAGUAACUCAUUUUGGUAGUGGUAUGCUAGCUCUAGGUCAGAAAGUUCGUCAUAAUAUAGUAAUCUACGCUGAAACCCAGGCCGAAUGGAUGAUAGCUGCUCAGUCUUGUUUUAAAUACAACUUUCCUAUUGUGACGCUGUAUUCAACACUGGGACAAGAAGCCAUCACCCACGGUAUCAACGAGACCGAAGCUACCCAUGUUAUUACUAGUAAAGAUUUGGUACCCAAGUUUAAUGGAGCUCUGAAGUUGAUGCCCAAGGUCACCCAUCUAAUAGUGAUGACUGAAGAUACGAAGUUACCUCAACUGAAAGACAAGCCCAAUAAUGUUAAAAUGAUAUCAAUGGCAGAGGUGGAAGUCAUUGGUGCCAAGGAAGAAAACAUAAAAACACCAGUCACUAAACCUCAGAGGUCUGAUACAGCAGUGAUUAUGUAUACUAGUGGUUCUACCGGCAGACCGAAGGGUGUGGUCAUCAGUCAUGGUAACUUAAUGUCUGGAAUGUCAGGACAGUGCCAACGUAUUCCUGCUUUAGGUCAUCCUGAUAUUUAUAUUGGUUACCUCCCCUUAGCUCACGUAUUGGAAGUCAGUGCAGAGAUAUCAUGUCUGGCUCAUGGAGUAGCUAUAGGUUAUAGUUCCCCACAAACUCUUACAGAUACAUCUUCUAAAAUUAAAAAAGGCUGUAAAGGAGAUGUAUCUAUUCUUAAACCAACUUUAAUGGCUUCAGUACCGGUGAUUUUAGAUCGUGUAUAUAAAGGUGUAUGGGAUAAAGUAAACAGUGGUGGAGCUUUCUCUGAGGCAUUCUUUAAGUUUGCCUACGAUUACAAGAAAAAACAGUUAGAGAAUGGUUAUGAUACACCUAUCUUAAAUAAGUUAUUAUUUAGUAAAAUCUGUGGGUUAUUGGGAGGACGUGUACGAUUAAUGUUAUCAGGUGGCGCCCCCUUAUCUAACGCCACACAGCGCUUCAUGAACAUCUGUUUCUGCUGUCCUGUAGGUCAAGGUUACGGACUGACAGAAACUUGUGGUGCUGGAACAGUCACUGAAGUUACUGAUCUCAGUCUAGGAAGAGUUGGAGCUCCGUUAAUUUGCAAUGAAAUCAAACUACGUGAUUGGCCAGACGGAAACUAUACGAAUAAAGACACGCCCUUCCCCAGGGGUGAGAUAUUAAUAGGUGGGGGUAAUAUCACUAUGGGUUAUUAUAAAAACCAGGAGAAGACAGAAGAAGAUUUUAUGGAGAAGAAUGGAAUGAGGUAUUUCUGUACUGGUGAUAUCGGACAGUUUGAAGAAGACGGCAACCUUCGAGUCAUAGAUCGUAAGAAAGAUUUAGUCAAAUUACAACAUGGAGAAUACGUGUCGUUAUCGAAAGUCGAAACAGCAUUAAAAAUUAUGCCAAUGAUUGAACAAAUCUGUAUUGUUGCCGAUAGCAGCAAGAGUUUCGCUGUAGCCCUUAUCAUACCCAAUCAGAAAAAUUUAGAAGAAUUCGCUAAAAAUAAGGGAUGUAGUGGAAAAGAAUUUUCGGAAAUGAUAAACGAUUCCGAUCUUGUUAAAAAAGUCACAGAAGAAGUUAAAUCUUUUGGUAGCAAAUCUAAAUUAGAGAAGUUCGAAAUUCCCCAGAAGAUCAAAUUAAUUAAUGAUUCAUGGACGCCAGAUACAGGGCUCGUGACAGACGCCUUUAAACUGAAACGUAGAAAUAUCGAGGAGAAAUAUCAUAAAGAUAUAGAACGUAUGUACGAAUAGACUAGAGCUUGACUGUACAUUCCUUUUAACAUUGAGAAUACAGACCACAAUAAAUUUCUACAUUGCGGAUUCAAACAACAAAUAAUUUCUUCAUGGUGGAUUCAGACCACAAUAAAUUAUUACUUGGUGGAUUCAGAUAAAAAAUAAUUUCUCCAUGGUGGAUUAUUCAGAUCACACAAAUUUUCUACAUUUGGAUUCAGACAACACAAAUUUUUUUACAUGAUGGAUUUAGACAACAGUUAAUUAAUACUUGAUUAAUAACACUGGUAAUGUGCUAGUGAAUUAAUUAAUUUCUUAAAUUAUGGAUUUAGACCACACAAAUUUUUAUAUGUUGGCUUCAGACCACAAUAAAUUUAUACAUAUUAUUAUUGGAUUCAGACUACAAAUCAUGUCUGAAUGAAGAGAGUCAAUUGCCUCUCUAUGUUGACUUCAGACCACAUUAAAGUUUUACAUGUUGAAUUCAAACCGCAGUUAAGUUUUAAUGUGAAUUUAGACCACAGUUAAUUACUUCAUUGAGGAUUCAGACCACUAUAAAUACAUCAAAAUAUCCAUAUCAUAAACUGCCGGACCUAGACCACUAUUCAUCUACCUUAAAGUGAAGUUAUUCUUUUGUGUGUUGAUUUUAUGAAAGUAUGGUUUGAGUUUGUUUAAUUAAGAGUUUUUUAUUCAUUAGUCUCAAUUCUGAUAUUCUGAUGCCAUUCUGCAAUUAAGGUUGAGUCUCCUUCAGAGAGUCCACAUAGCUAAGAUAGUUACUUAGUAUUUGGGUUUAGAAACUCAUCAACCCUUUUAGAGAGUCCACAUAGCUAAUAAUGUUAGUUGCAAUCAGGAGUGUCAACUCGGCAUUUCUUCAGAGAGUCCACAUAGCUAAUAAUGUUUAUUAGGUAUUUAGGUUUAUCAAGUUGAUAUCCCUUUUAGAGUGUACACAUAACAAAUAAUAAUUGGGCAUUUUGGAAUAAUUAACCUGGCAUCCCUUUCAGGAAGUCUUAGCAUUUAAGAAUUUUUGCAGAUCUUGUAUUCAUUUAGGUUAUUUAAAAAUUUUGACAAUAAAUUUGAUGAGUACCACUACCAUAAAGGGCAUGCUUUCCCAUGAGAAACACUUCCUUGGACCCUGUUAUUGUGGUAGGAUCCUAUUUUGAGAGUUCACAUAACUUAUUAAUUUAUACAUUUAAUAUUAAUUAUGCAAAUUGUAACACAUUCAUUUACCUUAAAUUUUGUCAAAUUUUUCUCCCAUCGAAUUUGUCAAUAAUAUUCAUAAUGCUCAACAAUGUAAAAAUGAAAGAAUUUUAAAGCAACAAUCCUUAAAACGAAUGUGGCCAAAGCGAAUAAAUCCUUUUCAAAAUGAAAAAUUUAAUCCUUGUGUAUGCCGGGGAAAAACAGUUAUGUAUCAGUCAGUUUCAUCUUUAUGCAUUUAAUCGUAGUCAAACAUAACACAAAGUUUGAUUUUGAAAUCUGAUACUAAUUGUUAUUAUACAGUUAUAUCAGCUGAUCAAGUCAAUAUUUAGAUAAGUUAUAUAACUGUACAUAUCAAGAACAACUGUAAAGUAAAACCUCGCCUGCAUUUUUUUUUUUUAAAUUUUGGAGUUAAGUUAUUCGAGCAUACUCUAGAUUUUGAUCAAUUUGGGAAAAAGUACCAGGCUUUGUGAUACCUCUUUUAUGCAUUUCAGAAAAUGUUUCUGGUUUUAAAUUUGCUGUUGGCAGUAUUUAUUUAUUUUGUAUAUUUUUGUCUUGAAUUUUAAGUAUUUAGUUGGCAUGCAUUUGUCAAAUUUUAGGGCCUAGAUUAGUUAUUGGUUAAAAUUGGUUCAAAUUGUAUUAAUCUUUAAAAAAAAAAAAAAAAUAGCGUCAUUGAAAUUCCAUGUCCUCGUAUUACAUGUUACUUUGUCGUGGAAGCAGUAGCUGGUAACAUUUGAAAGGAUGUUUUUCAUUGGUUAGAAUAUCUACAAGAUCGUAUAAAGGAUCCAAUCAAAUUAGACCUCCGCACCAAUAAUAACCUGUUAAAUCCCCCCAUGGUUAAGUGACAUGUCAAGAGCAGACAUGGAAUUUCAAUGAUGUAACUUUGUUGUUAUGAAAUUUGUUUGUUUGUUUGUUUGUUCGAUUAUAGUGCUAUAAAUUAUUGCUAAAUUCAAACCCCAUUUUAUAUUUAUUUACAAAUUUAAUGUUUUUUAAGACAGAAAAUGAUGAUGUAUGGUUAAAAUUCAUAGCGGCACAUGAAGCCAUUUGGAUAAAGUGAACCACGGUCCUAUGGUUAAAAUUCCAAAGCUGUGAACACAGUCUUGUCCUUUAUUGAUAAGGAACAUGAUUUUAAUUUUGGAGUGGAAUUAUAAAAGAGAUACUAUGUCCUGUAAAAUCAAAUAUUCAUUUUGAUCUCAUCUUAUUUCUCCCCGUGCUGUUUUGUUAUUUUGUUUAGAUUGGAAUAUUUAUUAAUUAAACAGAGCUUGAUAUUCUUAACUUGUUAAUUGGAUUUGUCAGCUUGGCAUCCUUUCAGAGAGUCCACAUAGCUUAUAUUGUUUAUUUUGUAUAUUGAUUUGACACCUCGACAUGUCUUUAGAGUGUCUACAUACCUAUGAAUUCUGUAAUAGUCAAAUCUAACCAUGAUAUUUUGAAUUCCCCUCCCAUAUGAAUGUCUGCCAUUUUGAAAUAUUGUGAAUGAUUUUGUUUUAGUUGGUGUUUGAAGAGUGAAACUGUCUGGCUCACUGUUGCUAUGGAAACAAAAUUGUACAAAUGCAUAAGAUUGUAAAUUGGGCAGGCCAAUGGAGCUGUCCUGAUAAAAUUUCCCUCAUUUCACACUGUAUGGUGUUACUGUCUUCAUAAGCUAAGAAAAUUCUUCUGAUUGCAUACUGCAAUACCUGUUUUUAGUAGUUCAUUUGCCUAAGGAGGUGCAGAACAUGGAUUUCCAUUGACAUGAGAAAUUUUGUCCUUGCAAAAUUUCCCUAAUUGCACACUGCAUGGUGUUUUGUUUUUAUUUGUGUUGUGUCUUAGGAAAAUUCCCUUCAUCACACACUGCAAGGUGUUAGUUGUUCCUAAACCUUAUGACAUGCAGAAUAUGGAUUACCUUCGACAUAGGGCAAGAGAUUUUGUCUUGGCACGAUUUCUCUCAUUGCACACGGUGUUAGUUAGACCAAUCAAGUGUGAGGAUAUGAAUUCAUUUCUAUCAAUUCCCAAGGGAUUUUAUUUGAUCAAAGUUUAUUGUAAAAUGACCAAGAAGAUCUAUAUUAAAUUGUAUUAUAAUUAUAAUAUUUGUACAAACAUCAUAUAUAAACUUAUAAAUAAUAUAAUGAUCCUAUUUUUUUGCUCAGUGUACAAUAAAAGCCUACAGCCUCAA